GAGAGGGUGAUAGUAGCCAGUAGGCGUGUCUCUUUGCUUUCCUCACCUUUCCACUCUCCCUCUCUAUAUCCAUCAUUCAAGACCAGUGCUGUGCAAUUCGUCUUUGUUUUGGCGCAUACCAAAAUGUCCAUGUCCAUUGCUUCUGUUGGCGUCGCUCUGCGUCCUCUCUCUCUCUCUUCCCCAUGUUCAGCUCUGUUCCAGUCCCGAAACUCCUUCGCCAAGUGUCUCGCGUCCAAAGAGGAUUUUCCCCAACUCAAAUCGACAAAACGCACCCAAACCAUCUUACGCUCUUUCUCUCCGUUCCCGAUGCUGUGCGCCGCUGCUCUCUUACCCGGAGGUGAAGCCAUUACUUCCGCGUUUGGGCCUUUCGUUGACCUUGUGAAGUCCUGGAAUUUGCCGGACUGGCUCGUGCAUUGGGGCCACCCUGGCAACAUGGCGGUUGUGCUCUUUGCUAUGGGUGGCUAUGGUACUUAUCUCGGUUUUCGUAUUCGUUAUUCUGAUAAUCUGGAGGAAAAGGCUCAGGCCAAGGAUUUGCAUCCUAAGCUUUUAGCUGGUAUGUUUUUCUUCUUUGCUUUUGGAGCUACAGGUGGAAUAACAUCUCUACUCACUUCGGAUAGACCCAUUUUUGAGAGUCCUCAUGCUGUCACAGGUGUCACUGGUCUUGCUUUGUUGACAAUACAAACUAUAUUGCCAACACUUUUUGAGGGAAAUCCUGGACUGAGGAAUGUUCAUGGUAUCUUGGGUAGUGGUAUCAUGACGCUUUUUCUUGUUCAUUUUGCCCUUGGACUUCAAUUAGGCUUCAGUUACUAAUUACAGCUUCCGUUGAACCUGUCUUGUUAUGUUGAGGUUAUUUAUUUUAGUUAUGGUGUACAUACAUUCUUUCCUGCACAGUUUCUUAGCCCCAAUUGAGAACUCUGAUUACCAUGAUGCUA